AUGGAACCUAGUUGGAGCAAGCGUGACUAUGCAAGUUUUGCUGAAGAAGGUUACAUUAAAAACGUCAUUGCUUUUCGCGCGGUAAAUAUGAUCGCAAGUGCUGUAUCCUCAGUACCUUUUAUUCUCUAUCAACUUACUGAUCAGGGAAAAUCAUACUUAAAAACUCAUCCAUUACUAAAAUUACUUUAUUCUCCUAACCCAAUUACAUCUAAAUCAGAAUUUAUUGAAGGAAUUGUCACUUAUCGACUGAUCAGUGGAAAUGCCUAUAUGCUGAUGAUUGAACCUCAGAAUAACACAAAACCGCCAACAGAGCUUCACCUUUUGCGUCCGGAUAGAGUUGAUAUUAUUCCUGGAAAAAAUAAUGUUCCGUGUGCUUAUCGCUAUACAGUGAACGACAACAGUUACGAUUUUAAGGUUAAUAAACUAACCGGACGUUCAGCAGUGCUGCACUUAAAAACCUUUAAUCCUUUAAAUGAUUGGUACGGACUUUCACCGAUAGAAGCAGCAGCAUAUAGCAUAGAUCAGCAUAAUCAAGCAGGGGCUUGGAAUCAGGCUAUGUUACAAAAUGGAGCGCGGCCGAGCGGAGCCAUAGUUGUGAAAUCAGCAAAAGAUGGUAGUGGAGGAAAUUUAAGUCAAGAACAGUAUCAACGUUUAAAGAUACAGAUAGACCAAUACUAUUCUGGACCAGCAAAUGCUGGUAGGCCAAUACUGCUUGAAGGUGGCUUAGACUGGAAAGAAAUGAGUUUAUCACCGAGAGAUAUGGAUUUCAUUGACUCUAAACACAGUUCAGCACGUGAUAUUGCUCUAGCUUUUGGAGUGCCACCGCAAUUGCUUGGCAUACCUGGUGACAACACUUAUAGCAAUUUAGUUGAAGCACGAUUAUCCCUAUGGGAGCAGACAGUUUUGCCUAUAUUAGAAAACAUUGUUUGUCACCUUAAUUCUUGGCUAGUACCGAAAUUUGGUCAAGAUUUGUGCUUGUCGUAUGAUAAAGAUGCAAUAGAAAUUCUUAUGGAAAAGAGACAAAAACUGUGGAAGUAUGUAGAAAAUGCAAGUUUUAUGACAUUAAAUGAAAAAAGAGAAGCCUUUGGCUUACCGCCAUUGCCCAGCGGUAAUAAAUUAAAAGUUUGA